CAUCAAUUAUGACAUCUCUCAACGUAAGGUCAUAAAUGGUCUCCCUAUCACAUUACAGGGAUAAAGUUGUGUGAAAUACCAAGGGUAACUCUUUGUACUGCUAUCUGCUUACAGGUUACCCAACACGAAGUCCUAGUAUACUCUUAAUUUAACCAUGGUUGACACCUCUGAUCUCGUUCACCGCUUGAAUGAAACACACUGGGAGAAGAAGAGUGACUAUCCGAAUAAAGAUGAUAUCAAGGAAUUCCGUAUCACGCGACACAUGGAAAAAGGAGGAGGGAACUUCAUCUACUUAGCCCAGCGCACCGAAGAAGGCUGCGACGAUAUCUUCCAGCUCAUGAUCUCCGACACCAAAAAUGCUGACCCAUUCAAAGGAGUUCAAAUUGUCAGCUUGGCCAUCAAAGAUGAUCGCAAGACUAUCAAAGCCAUCGUGUCUGUGGAGGGCGACUAUUUCGUUAGGAAGGACUAGAGCGAUUGAGAUCCAAGGGUGUUACUAGGUUACCCGUGUUCAUUGUGAUGCCAUGAUAGUCAAUAUCCACCAAGUCACGUGACCAAUCUCCGUCAUAUUGGAUGACAACGUGAACUCUCAACUCUGCCAGCCAGUUCCAGAAGUAACGAGCGAAUGAAAAUUCAGGUAUUUAAAAUGUCUGUUCUUGUCAUUCAACAUGGUGGACACUGAUCACGUGACUAGUGCAUAUUUCGUAUAUGGGCUAUUUAAGAAAUAGGAUUUGAAGAACUGUAUUUCCAAAUUAUGAGACGCCCCGGUUUGUGAAUUACCUUAUCAAAGCGGACAGAUGUUUUCAAGCUAAAUCCAUAUGAGUGUGAAGAACAAUAUAUCCAUAGCAAAAGGUGUUACGUUUAUCUUAUUGAAUUGCGUAGUAAAACAUUUUUUACAACUUUG